UGACUGCGACAAGAACUCGCCACAGGAGAGGAAAUACGUUUGUUUGGUCGUAUUUUACAUUCACAAUUUUACAUUUUUAUUCACAAACAAUGUGUAGGGCAUGUCGGGGUUAAGCUGACCCCUCGUUACUAACCUCACGUCGUUUUUAAAGUACCUUCAGCUCGCGCGACACAAAGUUGCCAUGCGCAGUCGCAGACAUGCGCUGGAAAACCUUUUCUGUCUUUGCGUUACUUCUAAACAUUACCGAAAUUUCAGCGACUUCAUAUGUUAUCACAGUCGAUUUGGGAAGACCAGUUGGAGAUCUUAAACACUUCUGGAGAAGCACUGGUUUUUGUCCCCCGCUCCCUCACACCCAGGCCCACCAGUUUGACCUGAGCAUCGACCAGCAGCUGAACCUGGCCUAUGUGGGAUCAGUCCCCCAUGGAGGGAUCCAGCAGGUCCGGAUACACUGGAUGUUGGAGCUGAUCACCGCACAGGAUAUUGAAGGAGAACCCCAGUACAACUUUACCAAACUGGAUCAGCUAAUAGACCUCCUGAGGAUUAACGGACUGCGACCAGGUUUUGAACUGAUGGGCAGUGUCAAUAACUAUUUCACUGACUUUGAGGACAAAUCACAAGUGGUCAAGUGGAGAAAUCUGGUUUAUCUCAUAGCCAAGAGGUACAUCGACAAGUACGGCUUGGGAAGUGUCUCUCAGUGGAACUUUGAAACGUGGAAUGAGCCCAACAACCAUGACUUUGAUAAUGUCACCAUGUCAAUUCAAGGGUUUUUAAACUACUAUGAUGCGUGUUCGGAGGGUCUGCGUGCUGCCAGCCGUUACCUGAGGUUCGGAGGUCCAGGAGACUCGUGCCAUUCUCCCCCGCACUCCCCGUACUGCUGGGCCAUGCUGCAGCACUGCUACAACGGCACCAACUACUUCACUGGAGAGACGGGGGUCAGGCUCGACUACAUCGCCCUGCACAAGAAGGGAGGAGGCUACUCCUUGCCCAUCCUGCAGCAGGAGAUCCAGACAAUGGGGGAGAUCCAGGAGCAUUUCCCCCAAUUCCGCAGCCUCCCUGUUUACAACGAUGAGGCUGACCCACUGGUGGGCUGGUCCAGGCCUCAGGAGUGGAGGGCUGAUGUGACCUACGCUGCAAUGGUGGCAAAGGUGAUAAACCAGCACCAGGAUCUGCUGCUGGCAGACUCCAACAGCACCAUCAACUACACCCUCCUCAGCAACGACAAUGCCUUCCUCAGCUACCACCCACACCCCUUCACCCAGCGCACGCUGACCGCCCGCUUCCAGGUCAACAACACCCAGCCCCCUCACGUGCAGCUGAUCAGGAAGCCUGUCCUCACGGUCAUGGGCCUGCUGGCGCUGCUAGGAGAGACCCAGGUCCUGGCUCAGGUUCUGGACACAGCAGGAACCAACAGCAGCACUGUAGGAGUUCUUGCCAGCAGCCACGAGCCUGUAAUACCUGGAGGUUCAGACAGCUGGCAGGCCGCGGUGCUGGUCUACAACAGUGACGACAACAGCACCUCCAUGAACACUGAUGAUGUCACCAUCUCACUGAAGGGACUGGCUACGAAGAAGGGUCUUGUGUAUGUUGCAUAUUACAUUGACAACAAUGUAACCAACCCAUACCAGCUGUGGCAGAGCAUGGGCCGCCCUGACUACCCCACAGCAGAGCAGUUCAGACGCCUCAGGAGUGCGCAGGACCCUCAUGUCGACGGGCCCUGGGAAGUUCCUGCAGCGGAAAAUCUGACUUUAAAUGCCAAACUGUCUGUGCCGUCUGUCCUCCUCAUCCACAUUUGUGCCCAACCCAAAGCAGAGCCAGACCAGGUAAAUGGAUUACGCUUCAUCAGGAUCACCAAAGGCCAAGUCCUGAUUAUCUGGUCAGACCACUGUAUUGAUUCCAAAUGCAUUACGACAUUUGAAGUGGAGUUCUCCGCAGAUGGCAAAGAGUUCAGCAGAAUUAAUACUCAAGACACCAUUUUUACCUCCCAUGUUUAUUCACCAGUGGACCAGCAGGUCGGCGGUCUGUACAGAGUCCGAGCUGUGGAUUACUGGGGAAGGCCUGGCCCGUACUCGCUGCCAGAGAGGUACUCAGAGGAUAUAUAGUGUAAUUAUUAAAAGGAUCAGUAUUUCCUGUAGCGCUGUAGUUUUAAGACAAAAUGACUCAAACAGAAGUAACUAGCACAUUUGUCAAUGACUAUUUUUAGCAGUGGAUUAAUAUGCAGUUGGUUCAAUCAUGCUGGACAGCACUAAGUUUGGUUACACAGAGAAACAAGAAAAUAUUACCAGACUUAUUAUUUAAUAAACUUACACAUGAACAGGCCAGCUCUGUCAUACAUCCUCAAGGACAGCCUUUUAAACAGUGUUUAACUAAGAUUUGAUUUGAUACUUGCUAUGCAGUUGCAUAUUAUCUGUUGUUAUUUGUAUAAAAGGAGAAGUAAAAUACAAAAUCCCACAUUGCAAUGAGAUUAACAAAUAACUGAUCGCACCGUUACAGAAACAGUUACAACCAGACCAACAAUUAUAAUGGAUACAUGAAUAAUCUUUGUUUUUUAUGUGUUAAACUCUAUUUUUUUUAUACUCUAGAUGUCUCAGAUUUUUAAAUGAUUGUGUUUUACAUGUUUGUGUAAGUAAAAGUUGGACCAGCAAA